AUGCGUCGACCAAGCAAAGGACGAAAGAAGAUCGAGAUGAAAAGAAUAAAUAAUAUAAGCAGCUUGUUGGUUGCUUUCUCCAAGAGGCAUUCAGGUGUCUUUAAAAAGGCUAGUGAGAUGUGCACGCUUUGUGGGGUGGAAAUGGCAAUUAUUUUGUUUUCUCCCACUAAAAAAGUGUUCUCGUUUGGCCAUCCAUCUGUUCAAACAAUCAUAGAUCGCUACCUGAAACAAAAUCUUCUUCCAAGUGCAAGGACAUCUCAACUUGUGCAACAUUACCGCAAUACCAAGACCCAAGAACUCAACGUGCAGCUAACCAACUUGCGUGGUCAAUUGGAAGCUGAAAAAAAGACGAGUGAUGAACUUAAUACGAUAAGGAAAGCUAGACAGGAGAGUUUUUGGUGGGAUUCUCCAAUAGAGAAUCUAGGAGUAGAACAGCUAGAGAAAUUGAAGGUGAUGAUGUUGGACUUGAAGAAUAACUCUAUAAAUCAAGCAGAGAAGAUCGUUAUGGCCGAGGCUGCUAACCUUACAGAGGUAUUGCCCAUGUGUGGCUCUACUUGGUUAGGUGGUAUUGGUCCUUCGGUAUGA